AUGAGGUUGUUCAACAGUCUCUGGACGUGCUCGCUCCGUGGCAGGGAUAACAAUCGUGAAGAAGAGCCGCACAUCCACGAGAAGAGUGAAUUUGAGUCCAGCUGA